GUCAUCAUUGUAGUCCCUUCUCAGGCUUCACUGCCUUGCAAAAUGAAUUUCAGCGUGUUAUUCGAGUAAUUGUUGGAGUAUUUUUAAUCUACGCGAUGGCAUUGAAACGUCAAGUAUCAAUGUCCCUCGCAGGCUCCCCUCUCCCCCCGGCCUCCUUACAGCUCCUUGUCCCUCCAGUUAGACUUCUCUCUGCAUUCAUGUUACAAAUCAUCCAGCAGCAUCAUGUGAUGCAGUAUGACAAGCUCGUGGACUUCAUCACCUUGGCCACAGAGAUGGUACCAGAGCUGCUGAGUCCCAGUCAAAGAGCUCAGCUUAUCCUGGGUCUGAGAGCAAGGCUUGUCCUGGAGCUAUGUCGUGGAGAUGGCAUCGCCAACCUGCAGAGCAUCCAGAGUCACCUGGAUAAAAUCCACGCCUGUGGCUCUGAACUGAGCUCCACUGGUGACACGGCUACUGGCGAUAUACUGAAGAUUUCUUACACCAACUUUGCCAGCCUGGUUCAGAAGCUCUUAAAUGUUCCCUAUGAGAAGGAUUAUUUUUUCAAAGAGAUUUUUCCUGCCAACUACGGCUUAAACUACGACCAAAGACUGCAGCAGCUGGUGUCAGAGUUCCUGUCCAGACUGGAGCAGCUGUUGCCCAUACCAGACCUGCAGCAGACAGCAGCGUUGCUCACUGAGACUGAGUAUGUGGCAGAGAUGCUAGGACAGUGUCUGUCUGAACCAUCAGCUGUGAACAGCCUGCUGCUUCAUCACAGACAGUUGGGGACUCUCAGCUCUGAUCCCUCCAGCUGUGAGGAAGAUAACCUCCUGUCCACACUGGCGCUCCCCAUGCAGACUGCAGUAGAGCGGUUAAUUGAGCAUUACAGUGAGGAUGACGAGUAUGAUCAUCCUGGGGAACAGACACUGGCGCUGGAAGUUCUAGAGGAAGACAUUGCUAUUCAUGCAUGGCUGCCAAAAAGGGAAUCAGGUCGUCCAGCUCAUUUAUUCACCUGCUCUCAGUGUCCGUUUACUCACCGCUUAAAGAGGAAAGUCCAGGAGCACAUCCAAAAUGAGCACAACAUGACAGCUACUGUUCUGAAAAAGCUGGUAGAAAGGCAAAAGAGUAAGACUCCUGAAAAGAAGAAAAAAGGAGGGGACUUGGAGAAAAAGAGGAAACAAACAGAUGGUGUUAAGAAAAAGCACAAGAAGGACAACUUAGAAAAUAAGGAACAACGCAGAUGGAAAGAGCCCACGGAGGAGGACAGAAGGUUUCUGAGCAGGAGAGUUGUCAACAAGACCUUCACAGAAGAAGAAACUAAAUGCCCCAAAUGUGAAAAGAUUUUUGAACUCCCAAAUCAACUCAAGACUCACAUGAGGCUGCACAGCUUAAAGCACUACUGCAGUCAAUGUGAGAGAGGGUUCACCAGCUCCUCAGGCUACUAUCAGCACCAGAGACUCCAUAAGAGAGGGCGGGUGUUCAGCUGCAGCUGGUGUAACAAAGGAUUUCUGUGCAACUCAUCACUGAAGCAGCAUGAACGCUUGCAUGAAGGUCCAUUCAGCUUGUGCGGCGUCUGUGGGAAAAGUUUCAGCAAAUCAAGCUUCAAAAGACACAUGCAGAUGCACAAAGGGGAGAGGAAUUACCUGUGCACAACAUGUGGGAAGUCAUUUUUUUCAUCUGGAGAGCUGCGGCUGCACACUCGGUCUCACACAGGUGAGACGCCAUACACCUGCACCCACUGCGGGAAAGGCUUCUCCACUAAGAGUCACCUGAAUGUUCACAACCGCUCUCACACAGGGGAGCGGCCGUACCUGUGCUCAGAGUGUCCCAAACGUUUCCUCACUCUCAACUGCCUGAAGAGACACACGCUGAGCCACAAUGGGCUCAAACCGUUUAAAUGUCCCAACUGUGACAAAGAGUUUUCACAGCAGGGGAAUCUGAAAAGACACAUGGCUACUCAUAAGUCUGACACCUGACGAAUGUCUUAUAUUCCUUUAAAAUCCAUGGACAAUCACAAUUCUGAUGUUCUGCCUGGUUAAAAGCUGUUCUAGAUUAAGAAGGCAACAAUAAGUUGUUCUAGGUCAGUGCUUCCCAACUGGUCCAGGCUCAGGAUGCACCACCAGAUCCUGAAUGGGAAAUCAUGACCCAAAUUACUACUAAAUGUUCAACAACUCAAAUAAAAUGUUACAGUUUGGACUUUAGAUGGAGCAAAAUAUGACUGAACAAGGAGGCAGGAAAAAACAAGAGCAUGAUUACAAAGGGCCAGAGAGGAUAUGCAUACAUAUAUUUUAUUUUACUACACUUUUUUGAAAUAAUGUGUCAAUUUUGGCUGUUUUCUAGAGAUCUCAAGUAAUUAACUUGUCUUGGGAAAACCAGCUUUGUUGCCCCGAGAAAAGGAAACAAGUCAAACUUUUGAGAAAACAACCAAAAUGUACAUGUAAACAAAGGAAAACAUUAAAAUGUGCAUCUGUUUAAGGCUUCUGUACAUCAUACACUUUACGUGACAAUUUAUUUUUCCCUUGCACACAUUAAAAACCCACUUUUGGGUCCUGACACAUCAGUUAAGAACCACUGUUUUGGAGCACAGCUGUGAAUUUGAAAAAUUCUAUGUUUUGUCACUAGCUAAAGAAGAAAUAAAUCUUUGAAAAUG